GGAGCCGGGGCGCCGGGGAGUCGGCAGGACCGCUCGCCUGCCGCCGCCGGAGCCAGGGAGCCGGGAGCCGACGAUCGAAUCAUGUGGCUGGAAAUUUUCCUCGCCUCGGUGCUGGGCUAUGUCAUCUACUGGUUCGUCGCCAAGGACAAGGAGGAAACUUUGCCACUUGAAGAUGGGUGGUGGGGGCCUGGGGUGAGGCCCACGGCCCGGGAGGAUGAGAGCAUCCGCCCUUUCAAGGUGGAAACAUCAGAUGAGCAGAUCAACGACUUACACCAGAGGAUCGAGAAGGCCCGGUUAACCCCACCGCUGGAGGACAGUCGCUUUCACUAUGGUUUCAACUCCAACUAUCUGAAGAAAGUCAUCUCCUACUGGCGGAAUGAUUUUGACUGGAAGAAGCAGGUGGAGAUCCUCAACAGAUACCCUCACUUCAAGACUCGGAUUGAAGGGCUGGACAUCCACUUCAUCCACGUGAAGCCCCCGCAGCUGCCCUCCGGCCGCACCCCGAAGCCCCUGCUGAUGGUGCACGGCUGGCCCGGCUCCUUCUACGAGUUUUAUAAGAUCAUCCCAUUCCUGACUGACCCCAAGAACCACGGCCUGAGUGAUGACCACGUUUUUGAAGUCAUCUGCCCUUCCAUUCCUGGCUACGGCUUCUCAGAGGCAUCCUCCAAGAAGGGCUUUAAUUCAGUGGCCACUGCCAGGAUCUUCUAUAAGCUGAUGCUGCGGCUGGGCUUCCAGGAAUUCUACAUUCAAGGCGGGGACUGGGGGUCCCUGAUCUGCACCAACAUGGCCCAGCUGGUGCCCAGCCACGUGAAAGGCCUGCACUUGAACAUGGCUUUGGUUCUAAGAAAUUUCUACACCCUGACCCUUCUUCUGGGACGGCGUUUCUCGGGGCUUUUUGGCUACACCGAGAGGGACGUGGAGCUGAUGUACCCCUUCAAGGAGAAGAUUUUCUACAGCAUAAUGAGGGAGAGCGGCUACAUGCACAUCCAGUGCACCAAGCCCGACACUGUGGGCUGUGCCCUCAAUGACUCUCCCGUGGGCCUGGCUGCCUAUAUUCUAGAGAAGUUUUCCACCUGGACCAACUCGGAGUUCCGAGACCUGGAGGACGGAGGCCUGGAGAGGAAGUUCUCCCUGGACGAUCUGCUGACCAACAUCAUGCUCUACUGGACCACGGGCACCAUCACCUCCUCCCAGCGCUUCUACAAGGAGAACCUGGGACAGGGCUACCUGGCCCAGAAGCAUGAGCGGAUGAAGGUCUACGUGCCCACCGGCUUUGCUGCCUUCCCUUGUGAGUUACUACACGCCCCAGAAAAGUGGGUGAAGUUCAAGUACCCGAAACUGAUCUCCUAUUCCUACAUGCCCCGCGGGGGCCACUUUGCCGCCCUCGAGGAGCCGCAGCUGAUGGCUCAGGACAUCCGCAAGUUCGUGGGGCUGCUGGAGCGGCAGUGACCUUGCCCCUUCACCGGGAAGCCCCGUCUCCCAGCGCCAGCUCCCCGAGGGAGGGGGGCUGCCAGGGAGGCGGCCUCCCCGUCUCCUCCUGGGGAAGACGCCCCUUUUCUGAGAAUGAGUUUGCUUCUGUCCCCUGCCCAGGCUGGGACCCCGUGCUCACCGCCUCCACGCGCGCUCCCCUCCCCCCGCCACGUGUUAGCAACCUGGCUUUGACGAUAAACGAUUUUACUUCUAAGCGGCUGGAACCAAGUG